AUGGAAAAGAAAUAUGUUGGCGUGCAAAUACAGGACGCUCCCCCCUCUUAUAUCAAAUUGGAUCCAAAUGAAAAAUUCGUAUAUAUCACAAGCACAAUGAACGGCUUAUCUUAUCGAAUUGCGGCUAUAAUUUCAUACCCAGAGAAGAGAAAUUUAUCCACUCCAAAUAUAGAAGAUGGUAGAUUACUGUACAAGGACAAUAAGUUAGCAUUACUGCUACACGGAAGUCAAUCCCACAAGAAUGCUAUUUAUCAAACUUUAUUGGCGAAGAAGCUGGCACAAUCCGGAUAUUGGGUAAUAAGAAUCGAUUUCAGAGGCCAAGGUGAUUCCUCAGAUAACUACGAUCCAGCCCUUGGUAGGACGCUCGAUCAGGAUCUUGAAGAUAUGAGUACAGUGUACCAAACAGUAUCUGACAGGUCCCUUAGGGAGCUGUUGUACAAGACUGGCAAAAUAUCUUUGGACGUGAUUGUUGCACAUUCUAGAGGAUCCCUUGCUAUGUUUAAAUUCUGUCUAAAGUUGCUUGCAACUGCAUCUCCAUUACCGUCUCACCUGAUUAAUUGCGCCGGAAGAUAUGAUGGGAAAGGACUUAUAGAACGCUGCACACGGCUGCACCCACAUUGGCAAACAGAGGGAGGUUUCUGGGCGAACGGUCCACGAAACGGCGAAUACAAGGACUUUUGGAUCCCAUUAAGCGAAACUUAUAGUAUUGCCAGCGUUUGCGUCCCGGAAUUUGCAGCAAUACCACUAAAUUGCUCGGUAAUGUCCUGCUAUGGCACGUGUGAUCACAUAGUGCCAGUUAGCGCAGCCUCAAGAUAUGCUAAGCUUUUUGAGGGCAGACAUUCGUUGGAGCUCAUUGAAAAUGCAGACCACAAUUACUAUGGUAUCGAAGGUGAUCCAAACGUACUAAACUUACCGAUAAGGAGGGGCAGAGUCAAUUAUUCACCGCUUGUCGUCGAUCUCAUUAUGGAAUACCUGAAGAAUAAAUAG